GACGGCGACACUUGCAAUUUUCCGAUAAGCAUAACUUUUCAGACGUCGGAAAGUGUUCGGUUGUGAUUUUCAUCAUUUUCUCUUGGGAAACUCCAGUGACUUUCACGCUUUCCUGGUAAUCGAAGGACUUGUAGAACAUUUCGUACAUGCUAAACAUCCAUCCAAGAUGAUAGUGGAGCAAAUAGAAGCUUUCAAAAGUUGGCUGACAGCUGUUCUGAAGCCCAUGUGUGAAGCUGAUCCAGCUGCCCUAGCCAAAUAUGUCCUAGCCCUUGUAAAAAAAGACAAAUCAGAAGCAGAACUCAGGAAAAGUAUGGUGGGCCAACUUGAAGUUUUUCUCGAAGGGGAAACUGAAACCUUUGUAAACUUGGUAUUCCAAACGCUAGCAACAAAGGGUUACAUUCAGACCCCAUCAGUUAUCCCAAAUGCUAACCCACCUAACCCUAAUGUUCUUGGAAAACCUAAAGAGAACAAAGAAACCAAAUUGAUAGUCCAACCCAGUGAGCUGCCAAACCUGAGUGAAGUUGUCAACGGCGCAACUCCCCUGGAAAAGAAAGAUCCUGUGAAAAAAGAUGUCAAAAGUAGAAGAAACUCCGAAAACGGCGAGAAAGAAGAAAGACCACCCAGAAGACGUUCAAGACAUCGUUCUUUAUCGCGCAAUCGCUCCAGGUCGCGAUCCUGGGACAAGGCAAAGAGAUCAAGAUCAAGAGAAAAGUCCAAGGACAGAGUGGAAAGGGAACACCGCGUGGAUAGGGACAAAAGGGACAGACUGGAGAGAUUGGAGAGAGACAGAAUCAGGCCGUGGAGGAACAAAUCUCCUGGCAACAGGCGAUACGAUAGGAGAAGAUCCAGGUCGCCGCGAAGUCCGAGUCCGCCUAGGAUCCGGUCAAGGUCUAGGAGCCCAAGGCAUUCACACAGAAGCAGAUACAGGAACAGCCGAAGCAGGUCAAGAUCUUUAGAAAAAAGAGAAUGGAAGGAUUCUAAAGAUGGAAAAACUCAGUCAAGCCCGGUGGUUAAAGUGCCACCUUGUAAAUCAGUCCUUCAAAUCAUUAGUGGAUCUGGUACACCUACACAGCAAGAAAACCAUGCUGAAGGAGAAGCACUGCCAAACCCAAAUGUAGCCAGUAGUGUGACGGUGCCCGCAAAUAGCUCUAAAAGGAGGUGUCGAGACUUUGAUGAAAAGGGUUACUGUAUGCGUGGCGAAAUGUGUCCCUACGACCACGGGGUAGACCCGGUGGUCCUGGAAGAUUCCACUCUUACGAGGGUUCUUUCUUACGAUCCCAACAGCGAAGUGGCUGGAGCUAUCGCGGCCGGGGCACCUAUUACAUCGGUGCCACCUCCACCGGGUACCACCAUCGUUCCUCCUAGGCUUCCGGAUAACCCUUACAAUCCGCAAGCACCCCAAAUGUGGGCCGGAGGCAGAUUUACUGGACCGAGGCCUAUGGGUGGUGUAAGGCUUCCCGGUAUAAACCCGUUCGUUCCUCAACCUCCGGCACCCAUGGGCAUACAAAGAGAAUUGAUCCCGGUUCCUGUAGUGAUGGAUCAAACCAAGCCCCCCGGUAUAAUGGGUCCCGGAACUUACCCCCCAAUAUCGGGACCCCCUUACGGUCAUCCGGGAACGGCUCCGCCACAGAAUUACGGGCCAGCAAGCCACCACGGCUUGGAGGGAGUUAUGCAUCCCGGCAUGUACAAAAAGAAGUUCGAUUAUAACCGAUUGGGCCCCAGGAAGAAUCCAGGAAACUGCAGUUUGGAAUUGAAAAAAGUCCCGGUGGGGAUGAACACUAUAACCCAUUUAAAUAAUCAUUUCGCGAAGUUCGGUAAAAUCGUGAAUAUACAAGUUCAAUACGAGGGCGAUCCUGAAGCGGCCUUGAUAACGUUCUCGAGUCACGCGGAAGCGAACUCUGCAUACAGGAGUACUGAGGCGGUGCUGAAUAAUAGAUUUAUAAAAUUGUUUUGGCACGAUUCGGAUGGCGGCAAGCAGGAAAAUGUGCCGCCGUCGCAGCAGGGCGUCCUUAAGGAUCGUGUGCCUGGAACUGUGGCUCCCAAUAGCAAUAAAGUUCUAAACUUAGUACAACCAAAAGCGGGUGAACCGGACUCGGAAGCAAAACCAGACGAUACGGAAAAACCCGAAUUAAGCAAAGAAGAAACCAAAGCCCAAGCCACAGCGGCAAUACAGAAAAAUCAAGAUUUGUUGGCGGCACAAGUUAAGAUGAGCAAAAACAAGGAUGAACAACGCAAAGAAGUACUAAAGAUCCAGAGUGAUUUACGCAAAAAGAAGCAGGAGCUGUUGGAUAAGCAGCUUUCGCAGCAAAAGGUUUUGAUUGAAAAAAUGUCGAAAUUGCCCGCAGGACCACAAAGAGAUUUAAUCAAAGAAACCAUCAAAAAAACACAAGAAGCCAUCGAGGGUAUUAAAAAGGACUUGGAAAAGGCCGCUUUGGCCGCCAAGAAUGCGGUCUUAGGUAGAAAAUCCAAAGAAGAAACCCAGAAAGAAUUGCUAGAUAUGGAGCUGGACCUAAUAGCGAAACAACAAGAGGGAGCCGAUACGACGGAAUUGCAAAAGAAAGUGGCCGAAUUAAAGGCGAGGGCGGCGAUGUCCACCCGCGGUACGAUUAGGGGAAGGGGCAGGGGCAGAUUCACCCCCGUGGUCAGCAGGCAUUUGUUAAGCAAGAAUAAUUUGGUGGAUCAUAAUAUGAAAUUAACUGGUAAAAUAAAAACGGCAAACAAAAUCGUGAACAAUCCACCAACGGUCGCUACAGCCGCAAUACCGACGGUUCCUGUACAGCCUGCGGUCACUUUCCAAAAACAUACUACCGAUUACCGACCGACCAGGCUGUUGAUUUCUGGAUACGAAACUGAUGAGCAGGAGGGUGUUUUAGGACAUUUUCAGCAAUUUGGAGAAAUCGUCGACUAUACCAUUGACACGUCUUUGCCCAGUAUCUCUUUAAAUUACAAGACUAAGAAGGAUGCCGAGUCGGCCCUAUUAAAAGGCAAACAUUUUCAGGAUCGUACUUUAUCAAUUACUUGGCAAAGCGGAAACGCACACCGUCUACAAACGCAAAGAAGCGGAGGAUCGUCUACACGAACCGUGUUACUUUCGGAAUCGGAGGAAGAUCAUUUGAUCGAUCACAGUUUGGUAGAAGGGGGUGAUGAAGAGUUGUGUCCAGAAACGGAAGAGGCCCUCCUGCAAGAUGAUGAGGACGAAGAUGAAGAAGACCGUUCUUGGCGUCGAUAGUUUUAUUGAUAAAAUAUUCUUUUUAUAUCGCUUAGUCAUUAUUUUUACCCUUGUUGCCUUUAUUUUCUCCUUUGAGUCAACAGUCAAAAACAGCUUAUUGUAGAUAUUCCGUUUGAAUGAUUUAAAAAAAAAGGGGGUGUUUAAUAUUUUUCUUUUAAAAGGCCAUGUUGUAAUUAAUCAUAUAUUUAACCGCUGAAUUUAUUUUAUUUAAGUUCUCUUUAGCUCUUGUUGUUAAAUGCAUUUUCGAGCUGUGUAAGCCAAAAAUCCGGGGUCGUUUUUAAAUAUAUUGUUUCAUCCGCUGGCUUGAUGGAAUAUUUGAUGCCGUGGUGGUUUUAUUAUAUUGCACCCUGGAUUUUUGGCAAAUUUUACUGUACAAAUGUUCUUUAUUGGUAUGAAAAGAUAUAAAAGAAAAAGCCCUAAACUAGAAAAAAAAACACACACAAAAAAACAACUUGAAAAAAUAUUAUCUAAAAAACAAUUAUUCGUAGAAAAGAUAAGAAAAAAUGUAUUUUUUAAUAAAUUUGGGGCAUAUAUAGAUUAAAAAAAAAAUACACACACACAAA